ACUUGAGCUUUCUCAUUUAUUUUUCCUCCGCGAUCGCGAUGAAUCGGCAAUGGAUGUACGGUUCCCGACUCUCCGGCGAGUUCACUACGGGUUUGAAAGAUUUCCUCGUAGUGGCAAAUGCGAACAAGCAGCAAGGUUUUAUUAUCUGUCCAUGUGCUGUCUGUAAGAAUGAGAAGGGUUACUCCUCCUCAAGAAGAGUUCACAUGGACCUGCUUAAGCAUGGUUUCAUGCCAAGCUAUUAUUGUUGGACCAAGCAUGGAGAAAGAGGGGUUAGAAUGGAAGAAGAUGAAGAAGGGGAUGAUAUCGAUGACAACUAUCGUGAUCUUUUCGGUGAUACUUUCAUGGAGGAUGAUGCUGAAGGUGUGGAAGGGUUAGGUGAAGGUGAAGAAGAGGCACAUGAUGAGCCCGCUGAUGAUCUUGGUCGGACCAUUGCUGAUGCACGGAGACGCUGCGAAACUGACAAGGAGAGGGAGAAUUUGGAUCGCAUGUUAGAGGAUCACAAAAAGUCGUUGUAUCCAGGAUGCGAUAAUAGUCUGAAAAAGCUGGGCUGCACACUGGAUUUGCUAAAAUGGAAGGCACAGGAAGGUGUAGGUGACUCAUCAUUUGAAAAUUUGCUGAAAAUAUUGAAGAAUAUGUUGCCGAAGAAUAAUGAGUUGCCCGCCAGUACGUACGAAGCAAAGAAGGUUGUCUGCCCUCUAGGUUUAGAGGUUUAG